AUGGAGCGGGAGGGCGCCGCGCCGGGGCAGGACGCAUGUUUCCUCGUGAAGAAGCCGGAAACAGCCGAGCUGUGGCACCGACGGAUGGGGCACGCUGGGUAUGAGAACCUGGCGAAGAUGGUGCAAGACAACCUCGUAGAGGGUGUCGGAUUGGAGGAGAAGGUCCCGGCGAUGCUCGAGGAUUCGGGGCUGCUUAAAGAGAUGUGUGCGGAGGCCGUUGUGACGGCCAACUACACCCGGAACCGGACCCCUGUGAGCGCACACGGAAGGACCCCGUGGGAGGCUUUCUACGGCAAGAAGCCCAACGUGGGGCACAUGCGGGUGUUUGGGGCGCAAGCCUACAUGCCCCAUAUUUACAAUAUAUUUGGCAGUAAAAUUGAGGUGCAAAGGCAUGACUGUCACAGCGUCUCACAUAGAGAAACAGAGAUGCCACUUGUGCAAAGAGUUCACGCUUGA